AUGGACCACAUACCGUCACUGCCCGCGUCACACAAAGGAAACACGGAGCUGUUAGUCUGGGUCGACCUGUUCACGGGUUUCGUCAUCACAAAGGCAAGUGUGUCGCGGACUGCGCAGACGGUAGCUGAGUCGUAUGAAGAGGCGGUUUUCAGACGGUUCAGGGCCAGUGAGGCCAUUCGCCUCGACCGCGAGCCGGGCUUCAUGUCCGAUUUCUUCAAGGUCUUCAACAAACUCAUGGGUCAACGGCAACGAGCGACUCUCGCGUAU